UGGAAAAGUCUUUUUAACACUUCCACUCUCGUGUGAAGAAGAAGAUCCGAUCUUCCAAUCUCACUCAAACCCAUCAAUCAUCAAAUCAAAACCCUAAUAAACCCCCAAACACAAUCAAUCAAAUCAAAUCCUACAAUGGCAAAUGCUUGGAAAAAAGACAACAAAUCCAUAAAACUAACAACCCCCAAAACCCUCUUCCUUCUCAUCUCCACUUCCUUCAUCAUCCUAACUUUCUUUUACCUCUCUUCUUCAAACCCAAACCCAUACCCAUCUUUCAGAUUAUCCAAUUUCCCAAUUGAACCCUACAAUUGUUACAAAUCACCACAAUCUCACCCCAUAAUUGCCAACUUAGUUGAAAAUGUCAAAUACCCUUUUCUUUUUUCUUUAUCCGAUUUCGGGUCAUUGCCCGAAAAGCCCCAUAAAAACAUUGUUAGGCUACUAAAAGGGAAGUUGUUCAGGAGACCUGACAUUUCUGUUACGAUUCAGGAGGUUUUGGAGAAGAUGAAAGGUGAAGGUAAAAUGGGUGUUUUUGUUGAUGUUGGUGCUAAUGUAGGAAUGGCUACUUUUGCUGCUGCAGUUAUGGGUUUUCGGGUUUUCGCGUUUGAGCCGGUUUUGGAGAAUUUGCAGAGUAUUUGUAAUGGGAUUUAUUUUAAUAGGGUUGAUAAUUUGGUUCAUGUUUUUGAAGCUGCUACUUCUGAUCGCCUUGGAAAUAUUACCUUUCAUAAGGUGGUUGGACGGCUAGACAAUAGUGCAGUUUCAGCAACUGGUGCCAAACUGGCUUUUAAAUCGAAUGAAGAAAUUGCACUUCAAGUAAGAUCAAUUCCACUUGAUCUAAUAAUUCCAGAAAACGAACCUGUGUUGCUUGUGAAGAUAGAUGUUCAGGGUUGGGAAUAUCACGUCCUAAAAGGAGCGAAAAAGUUGUUAUCGAGAAAUAAAGGCGAGGCUCCAUACUUGAUCUAUGAGGAAGAUGAAAGACUUUUACAAGCCAGCAAUACUAGUUCAAAAGAGAUAAGGAAAUUCCUUCAUGGCCUUGGGUACACUAACUGUGUCCAACAAGGUACUGAUGCUCAUUGCACAAAAUAAGGAUUCGUUAUAUAGAUAGGCAUAUUUUGCUCUUCCAGAAGCCAAAGACAGCGCGAGAUGGAUUUGAUUUAUUUGAGGCCGCACGAGGUGACAAAGAAUGCUAUCCUUGGUUCUGUUUGAGUUUUGGUUUAUUGUGUAUUUGUACCCAUUGAUAGUUAGACGGACUAGAUGUUUAGUCAAGUAUUGAUUAUGUUUCUAAAGGAACUAUAUUAGAUGUAUAAUGUUGAAAGAUUGCACUAGUUUUAUUUUUAUACAGAUGAAUACCACUUCAGUUCUUGGCUUUC